CUGCGUCACUCUUAUUUUCCAUCACAUUGCUGAAUCGAAACGCAGGUCACACAUUUUCGUCCCUUUUCGCAUCCCUCACACAAACCAACUUUCUUCGUUGAUCUCAGAUGGCGACGGUUAUGGCGGACAAGAAACCGAAAACGAAGAUCGUCUGUACCCUCGGUCCCGCAUCCAGGUCCGUUCCCAUGAUCGAGAAGCUUCUCCGAGCAGGCAUGAACGUCGCUCGUUUCAACUUCUCCCAUGGCUCCUACGAUUACCAUCAGGAAACCCUAGAUAACCUCAGAACCGCCAUGGAUAAUACCGGUAUCCUCUGCGCCGUCAUGCUCGACACUAAGGGGCCGGAGAUUCGAACUGGAUUUCUCCAGGAUGGGAAGCCGGUCCAACUGAAACAAGGUCAGGAAAUAACCAUUUCGACGGACUAUAGCAUAAAGGGAGAUGAGAAUACGAUUUGUAUGAGCUACAAAAAGCUGGCUCAAGAUGUGAAGCCGGGGAGCGUUGUACUCUGCGCUGAUGGUACCAUAUCUUUUAAGGUUUUAUCGUGUGAUAUAAAAGCGGGUUUGGUUAAAUGUCGCUGUGAGAACUCUGCUGUUCUUGGUGAGAGGAAGAAUGUUAAUCUGCCUGGAGUUAUUGUGGAUCUUCCGACUUUGACUGAGAAAGAUAAGGAAGAUAUUAUGGUUUGGGGAGUUCCGAAUAACAUUGAUAUGAUUGCACUUUCUUUUGUUCGAAAAGGUUCUGAUCUGGUGCAGGUUCGGAAGUUGUUGGGGAAACACGCUAAGAACAUACUUCUCAUGUCCAAGGUUGAGAACCAAGAAGGGGUUGCAAACUUUGAUGAUAUCCUUGCAAAUUCCGAUGCAUUUAUGGUGGCACGUGGUGACCUCGGAAUGGAGAUUCCAAUCGAGAAGAUAUUUCUUGCACAGAAAGUUAUGAUUUAUAAGUGCAAUAUCCAAGGAAAACCUGUUGUUACUGCAACCCAAAUGUUGGAGUCAAUGAUCAAAUCUCCCCGUCCAACCAGAGCUGAAGCUACUGAUGUUGCCAAUGCAGUUCUGGAUGGCACAGACUGUGUCAUGCUUAGUGGUGAAACUGCUGCUGGAGCUUAUCCAGAACUUGCUGUUCGAACUAUGGCUAAAAUAUGUGUUGAAGCUGAGAGUACCAUUGACUAUGGUGAUGUGUUCAAAAGGAUAAUGGAGCACUCACCAGUACCCAUGAGCCCAUUGGAGAGUCUUGCUUCUUCUGCAGUUAAAAUGGCCAACUCAGCUAAAGCAGCAGUUAUAUUGGUUUUAACUAGAGGAGGAAGUACUGCAAAAUUAGUGGCUAAAUACAGGGCAGGCAUGCCAAUUCUUUCUGUCGUUGUUCCUGAGAUUAAGACUGAUACCUUUGAUUGGUCCUGCAGUGAUGAGGCCCCUGCCAGGCAUAGCUUGAUAUUCCGAGGAUUGAUUCCAGUACUAAGCGCAGGUUCUGCAAGAGCUUCUCAUGCAGAAACAACAGAAGAGGCACUAGACUUCGCCAUUCAGUAUGCUAAAACAAAGGGUCUCUGCAAUAACGGGGAUUCUGUGGUGGCUCUCCAUCGUGUGGGUGUUGCAUCGAUCAUCAAAAUCUUGACUGUGAAAUGAUCUCCCAUUAGAAGUUCUUCAGCUGCUUUUGGCAAUUUUGAUAGUGGGAAAGAAGUCUUUUCAUAUAUUUUUCAUUCUUAAUUGGAUGCAGAACAUCAAUCAGAACUUUUCUUAUUAAGGAUGUUCCCUGUUUUAUAAUUAUCCAUAUGUCACUGUUUCUUAGUCUUGUUAUUGUUGUCACUGUGGUAAGUGGCAACCGCCUUUCAUUUUUGCUGCAUGAAGCUUUUGUAAAAUCUAUAAUGCAACCGAUUUCUGGCUUCUCAGUUUUGGUUUGUUUUGUGGUACGUUGUUUGAGUACUAAAUGUUUUGAUAGAGAAAGUUAUGAUUGUUUGAGU